ACAGAUGCCACCACAAAUCAGCGACAGAGGACGUCAACGAAAGCAGUCAGCAGUACUCCCCGGGCGGAGUGGACUUCACGUUUGUGUGAGAAGACUGAAAAGACAGCCACGGACGACCACUUUCCUAGACGGCCCUAGUUAGUUAGUUCCAACCAAGGUUAAAGUAGUUAUUCAGUCAACCCAUAAAGUUUGAAGAAAAGGCGUUUCUCUGACAUAGAAGGUCAGCUCGCUAGGUGGCAGACAUCGCUAUGGCCCAGGAGACCAAUCAGAGCCCAGUUCCUAUGCUCUGUGCCACUGGCUGUGGUUUCUAUGGCAACCCUAGGACUAAUGGCAUGUGCUCUGUGUGCCACAAGGAGCACCUGUCAAGACAGAACAAUGGAGGAGUUAGUUCUUUGAGUUCUGUGGGCAGCAGCAGCGGGCCCACAGCCGAGGCUUCUGCCAUCCAGAGGUUAGAGGCCACCUUGAAUAAUGCUGCAGCUGCUGCAGUCGCUGCUGCUGAGGUGGCAGCUGAGGCCGCCGCAUCUGCUGAGGCUGUUGCCACUGAGGCUCUCAGUGGGGUUUCAACGGUCAUUUCUGUAACACAAAAGAUGACUGAGAUGAGUGUGUCCUGUGAGGAGAAAGGAGCAUCAGGGAGUAAAGCAGAGCUCACAGAGCCAGUGGUGAGUCAGCCCACAGUCUCAGCCUCUCAUCCCUCCACUGCUGGCAGUGAUGACUCCAAAACCCCAGAGCCCCCGAAACCCAAAAAGAAUCGCUGCUUUAUGUGCCGUAAAAAGGUUGGCCUUACAGGUUUUGACUGCCGCUGUGGGAAUCUGUUCUGCGGACUUCACCGUUACUCCGAUAAGCACAACUGUCCGUACGACUACAAAGCCGAAGCCGCUGCCAAGAUUCGUAAAGAGAACCCCGUGGUCGUUGCUGACAAGAUCCAGAGAAUAUGAAGAAGACUCAGUUUGACUUUGAAUCCCGGGAGCAAUCGGAUUUAAAAAAAAAAAAAAACAAGAAACAAAAAAAGACUUGAGUCCAGCCUUCUUUGUGAAAGACCACUUUUUCUUUUCUGGUUUGUUACACAUU